GCCGGCGCUGAGGGCACGGAAAGGGCGGGAAGCGGCGGCGCGCGCGGGCCGCCAGGGGGCGCUGCCCGCGGCCAAUCAGCGGCGGCGCCGCGGCGGGGGCGGGGCCCGCGCGAGCGGGAAGAUGGCGGCGGGCGGCGGCGGGCCGGGCGCGGGGCCCGGCGGAGGCCCCGGGGCCCGCAGGGGCAGCGCGGGCCGGGACGCGGAGGCCGAGGUUUGGUGCCGGCGGGUUCGGGAGCUGGUGAGCGCGGUUCCCGCCAACCGGCUCUGCUUCGAAUGCGGCCAGCGCGGCGUCACCUACGUGGACAUCAGCGUGGGCAGCCUCGUGUGCACCGGCUGCUCGGGGGCGCUGCGGGGGCUGAACCCCCCACACCGUGUCAAGUCCAUCUCCAUGACGACGUUCACGGAGGCCGAGGUGCAGUUCCUGCAGGCACAUGGGAAUGAGGCCUGCAGGAGGGUCUGGCUCGGCACCUUCGACCCCCGCACUUCGCUGCUGCCCGACUCCCGCGACCCCCAGAAGGUGAAGGAGUUCCUGCAGGAGAAAUACGAGAAGAAACGAUGGUACGUGGCACCAGAACAAGUGAAACCCCCCCAAAGCAGUGCAGCGGAGCCGGGGCCCCCCCAGCUCCUCCAUGGGGACACAGGGACGCUGCCACAGCCCCGCCCAGCUGCCCAGCGCCCUCCCCAGGCACCCCAAAAGGCCAGCACCGACCUCCUGGCUGACAUCGGGGGGGACCCCUUCGCCGGCCCUGCCCCGGGACCCGCCUUCGCUGCUUUCCCUGGCCCAGCCCCAGCCCAAUCUGCCUUCCCCAGUUUCAAUGCCUUUGGGACCAGCCCCGGAGCACCGACAUUUGGGGGAGCUGUGCCCCCCUUCCACAUCCCACCCACCACCGCAGGAGGUGUGGCUGCACAGGGCGUGGCCACCCCUGCUCUGCCCACAGGGGGAGGAGCUUCUGCCAGCCUCUUCGGGACCCUCCGGGACCCCCCAGCGCUGCCCCAUGGGGGUUACACCAACCCCUUCACGGCGCCCGUGACCCCCAGAGCCUGCACCAACCCCUUCCAGAGCAACGGCCCCGGUGCUGCUUUCACCUCAGCCCCUGCUCCUGGGGGCUUCCCCAGCCCCUUCCAGGCUGACGGGCUGCCCUUCGCUGCGUUCAACGUUGCCAAAGCUUCCACCAACCCCUUCGUGACCGUCCCGGCCCCGGCGGCGCCGUUCGGCCUGAGGCACCCGAGCACCAACCCGUUCCUAUGAGCGCUGCGGCCCGAGGGGGGCCGUGGCAGCCGGGACCAGGUUUUAUUUUUGUUCCCAGAGGUUUAUGGCGAUAUCUAAUAUAUAUUCGAUAAAAACGGUUUCGGUC